AAAUCUUAAAUCAAACAAAAAGACCAGAUUCAAUUGUCUGUCCGUUGCAGCAUGCAAAUCGGUUUUUUUCAACAGAGUGGGGAGACGCAUGCGCGGCGUCAGCGAUAAGAACCCCUUGCUGUCAAAAUGGUUGAGCUCCAGUGAGUGGGGUUAAUUGAAUUAAAACCCAUGUUACGUAAGCAAAGUGCAUUUAUCUUAAGUCAGUUAAGUUGGGCGACCCUUCACGUACUUGGUUGCUCCCGCCGAUGAGAAUAUGACAUCCUAAUACUUUUGUUUUUCUGGGUGAAACCUGUAUAAAAUAUUCUAAUGAUAAGUUUAUCAUCAGGCUGUGAAAAAUGACAAAAAAGUUUGAAUUCAACUGGCAUAUUCCCGUACCAGAGCCCUUAGUACAGGGUUGUAUAUUUGAUCGAUGGAAUGAAGAGAAAGACUCUUCUGAAUUUGAGCCUAAUUGCCUUUUCAAAGUAGAUGAGUAUGGUUUCUUCAUUUACUGGAAAAGUGAACCAAAAGAGGGAGAUGUAAUUGAGCUGUGCCAAGUUAGUGAUAUAAGAGCAGGUGGAUUACCUAAGGAUUCUAGGCUAUUAACGCAAUUAGUCAAUAAACAUGGAGACAACUUGGAGGAGAAGUCUCUGACAGUAUGCAGUGGCACUGACUAUAUAAACAUCAACUAUCAGCAUGUAGUCUGUCCCGACGCAGCCACGGCCAAGGCGUGGCAAGACGGUUUGAGAAAAAUCACUCAUAAUAACAAGAUGAACAAUGUCUGCCCCAGCACCAAUCUUAUGAAGCAUUGGAUGAGGCUCGGAAUGUUAGUAGAUCCAAAGGGUAAGGUGCCUGUCAAAGUUGUAGCUAGGACUUUUGCUUCAGGUAAAACUGAAAAAAUGGUUUACCAAUGCCUUCAAGAUCUUGGCCUACCUUCUGGGAAGAAUGACGUGAUAGAACCAGCAGAUUUCACUUUUGACAAAUUUUAUGAACUUUAUCACAAGAUAUGUCCUCGUAAUGACAUUGAAGAACUUUUCCAAUCUAUAACUGAAGGUAAAGCAGAUUUCAUUAAUAUUGACCAGUUCAUUAUUUUUUUGAAUGAAAAGCAGCGAGACCCUCGGCUGAAUGAAAUCUUAUAUCCUCUUUAUGAUGAAAAGAGAGCUGCUGAGAUUAUUGCGACCUAUGAACAAAAUGAAGAAGCUGUGAAAGAGAAAAAAUUGACGAAGGAUGGUCUAAUUCGAUACCUGAUGUCUGAUGAAAAUGCUCCAGUCUUUUUGGACAGGCUAGACAUUUACAUGGACAUGGACCAGCCUUUGUCCCAUUAUUACAUCAACAGUUCUCACAACACAUAUCUUACUGGGCGUCAGUUUGGAGGCAAAUCCAGUGUUGAAAUGUAUCGACAAGUCCUUUUAGCAGGUUGCAGGUGUGUUGAAUUGGAUUGCUGGGAUGGCAAUGAUGACGAACCUAUAAUAACUCAUGGGAAAGCUAUGUGUACCGACAUAUUAUUUAAAGAUGUGAUAUAUGCUUUAAGAGAUACUGCUUUUGUUACUUCUGAUUUUCCUGUUAUCCUUUCCUUUGAAAACCAUUGUUGUAAAACGCAGCAAUAUAAAUUGGCCAAAUAUUGUGAUGAUAUACUGGGCGAUCUCCUUCUGAAAGAGCAAAUUCCUGAUUUUCCACUGGAGCCUGGGAUAGUUUUACCACCCCCCUCGUCUUUAAAAAGAAAGAUUUUAAUAAAAAAUAAAAGACUGAAGCCUGAAGUCGAAAAAAGGGAACUCGAUUUGUUCCUCCAAGGUCAGUUUGUAAUUGACGAUGAAGAGAAAGAGGAUGCUUCUGCUCCAGUUGCGGUUAAUUUGGAUGAAAAGAAGCCGCUUGUAGCUGAAGAGUCUAUAGAAGUGGCUGCAGUCGAGGCUCCCCCAGUACAGAUACAGUACACUGGAAGUACAACCAAUGUCCACCCUUGGCUCUCAUCUAUGGUCAACUAUGCUCAGCCAAUUAAAUUUCAAGGCUUUGAUGUUGCUGAACAGAAAAAUAUUCAUCAUAACAUGAGCUCCUUUGCCGAAAACACUGGACUUGGCUACUUAAAAUCUCAGGCCUUGGAGUUUGUGAAUUAUAACAAAAGGCAGAUGAGCAGGAUUUAUCCUAAAGGAACUAGAGCUGAUUCCUCUAACUACAUGCCUCAGGUUUUCUGGAAUGCUGGGUGCCAAAUGGUCUCGCUGAAUUUCCAAACUGCUGAUCUUCCUAUGCAGUUGAAUCAGGGAAAGUUUGAAUAUAAUGGAAACUGUGGCUAUUUACUCAAACCAGAUUUUAUGAGACGUGCAGACAGAAACUUUGAUCCCUUUGCUGAAUCUCCUGUAGAUGGAGUCAUUGCUGCUCAAUGUGCUGUACAGGUGAUUGCUGGUCAGUUCCUGUCAGAUAAGAAAGUCGGCACUUACGUUGAAGUUGAUAUGUAUGGCCUACCAACUGAUACAAUAAGAAAAGAAUUUAGAACCCGUGUGAUUCCUAGUAAUGGCCUUAAUCCUGUAUAUAAUGAAGAACCAUUUCUAUUCAGGAAGGUCGUAUUGCCAGACCUUGCUGUAUUGAGGUUCGGAGUGUAUGAUGAGAACGGAAAGCUGCUGGGCCAGAGGAUACUGCCGCUGGAUGGACUCCAAGCCGGCUACAGGCACAUUUCUUUAAGGACUGAGGCCAACUUUCCCAUGUCACUACCUAUGCUUUUUUGUAAUAUUGAGCUAAAGAUAUAUGUUCCUGAUGGUUUUGAAGAUUUCAUGGAUGCUCUAUCCGACCCUCGAGCAUUCCUUUCAGCCCAGGAAAAGAGAGCACAGCAAAUGAAGGCGAUGGGAAUUGAAGAAACUGACAUCAAUACUCAGGGACUUGCAAUCGGCUCUGGUGAAAAUUCUAAAAAGGCAAACAAAGAAGAAGAAAAAAAAGUUGAGGAUAUUCAGUUCGAGGUUAUCACAAUUGAAAAUCUUAAGCUAGAAAAAGAAUUUAUAAAAAUUCAAAGGAAGCAACAAAAGCAGCUUGAAGGGCUUCAGAAAAAGCAUUCAAAGGAAAGACUGAUGAUGCAGAAGCAACAAUGCGCAGCUGUCGAAAAGCUUGUUAAAGGCAAAAAUAAAAAUGAUGUAUCAAAGGAAGCUGAAGUCAAGGAGGCGGUAGCUAGUCAAGUAGAGCAAUGGUCAGAAAUGAUAGAAAAGCAGAGAAAGGAGAUCUGGGCCAUGAAGAAGCAGCACGUUACUGAGCAGCAGGAAUCUUUGACGAGGCUGAUGGAGCAGGCCCACGCCAGCCAGAUGAAGCAGCUUGAUGGGAAGCAUGAUAGGGAAAUGAAGGAAAUCAAUGCCAAGCAGGCCAAGAUUUCAGUUGAAAUGAUGAAAGAAGUGAUGAAUGAUAAAACAUUAAGGACAAAAGGAGAAAGAGAUAGGAGACUGAGGGAGAAGAAGCAGAACAACACAAAAAAGUUCCUAGACGAGCGGAAAAUGCAGCAGAUCAAACAAGGGAGAGAAAAGGAAAAAUUAAGUGUAAAACAUGAGAAACAGAAACAAGACUUGUUAGCCGAAGUUAAUAGUAUGUUGGAUGUUUAUAAAAAUGAGGAGGUAGAAUUUGGACUGGCCAACAGCGUAGAGUUUUUUACUUGAAAUUGGUCGCUAGAUCCACCGCCUCGAAAGUCGAUCAUCAUUCUGCUAUUAUUCUAGUCAAGUUGAUCUGGUCCUAAGCUACUUGAGUAAUACCUGAUCAGAACUUCAUCACAGAGUAUUUUUUUUAUAACGACCCAAAGCUCUGUUUUUAUUUCAUUGUGUCCAUAUUUUUUAAUGUUUUAAUUCUUAUUAUUAUAUAACAGUUCUUAUUAAGGUUCAGAAGGAUGAGUUCACCAAUUCUCUUAAGUGCUUUAGGCCUUAAAUACUAUUAGGGAAAUAUGAUUAUUUUAUAUUGUAAAGAUAAAGAUUUUUGAUUUUAUAUAUUAAUAGCUAUGAACUGAGUUGAUAUAUUGCCAUUCUGUCAAACAGAGCAAUAAUUAUUUAUUAUGUGUAUGUUAGAUUAAAAAAAAAACAAUAUUUAGAAUAUUAUAUCUCUUUAUAUUAAAUGUGUUCUAGAUUCGAUCAAAAUAGUUCGUUAUCAAUUAUAAAGUUCAUUAUAUUAAAAAAAUUUAUCUAUUGUUUUUAGCUAAAUAAGUAUGUCGAGGAUAGAAGAACAAGGAAGCAAUAGGGCCAUUAAAAGUAUUUUGGCUUUCAAAAUUAUUACUUACUCUUAGGAUUUAUUAACAAUGUUUUCAUAAUAAUUUAACGGUUGAGUAUGAAAACCAGACAAAUAAAUGAUUUUCAGUUUUUAUGAAAAUUAUAUAGAAGAAUAUAUUCUCUUUUUUAUGUCAAGUUAAUUCAUAUCCAUCCUCCCUCCUUAAGGAAGCUAUUGUAUUUGUUUCUAUGUAUUAACAUGGUUAACAUCUGUUUAUCUAAUUGUUUUUUCUGAUGCAGUUAACACUUCUGAAUAUUGAAGGCAAUGACAAUCAGGAAAAAAAAAAUCAGUAGAAACAGAUUCAUUAUUGGACUUUUUCAUCUUUAGACCAUUUAUACUUUUAUAUAUGUUUUUAUAACCGAGUCCAUUUCAAAAAUCAUUCAAUAAUUUUUAGCUUUCUCAUGGACUAUAAUAUAUAUUUAUAAUGUUGGGAGACCAUAUCUAUAUAAUAUUUAUUCUCAAAAUUGUUUACAGAAGAGAUGGUAUUUACUAAAUCCAAAUAAUGUUCUGACGAAUCAUUGUGAAUAAUGGUCUGGAAAUCAGUCACUUUUUUAUAUUUCUGCCUACUAUUAUUAUUCAAAAUAAACCUUCAUACAUUCAUCAAUUAUGUGCCAUCUAAUUUGAAGUAAAAAAAAAAAAAAUAAGUAGUAAUGUUUUUUUGUACAUCUUUCUCUAGGUUAAUAGUGUCGGCAAAACAACUCAAGUGAUCUUGAUUUAUUUUGAUAAAAUAUUCAACUAGGCUCUAAAUUACUAUAAUGUAGGAUAAUUAAUGAUUUAUUAAAAACUAAAGUACAGCAUGUUUUUAUAUAUAAUAUUUUCUUAUAUGGAUUAUUUUUUAUCAUUAUGUAUGGGUUAAGAGAAAAAUGGUUGUAUGUAUGUUUUUCUCUAGGUUAAUAGCAUCGGCAAAUAACUUUAGGAUCUUGACUUAUUUUGAGAAAAUAUUUAAUUAAGAUCUAAAUUGCUGUUAUAGUUGUAUUUAGUAGGUAUUUUGCAGGUUAAUUAGUGAUUAAUUAAAAACAACCAUCUUGAUAACACAUUAAAAAAUAUUUGAAUGUAUUUAUUAAAAUUUCUUUAUACAUCAUAAAUAUAAUUUAAAAGUUUAAUCUAUACCAGUCCAUGAUUCAGGCCUCUUGUGAUGAAAUUAACACUCAUCUAAAACCUUUCGUGAAUGGCUUCAUUUUAUCUGCAACAAUUCUCAUAAAUGGGGCUGUUUUCACUUUGUAAAUCAUUAAGUAAAUUAAUUUAAUGAUGUGCUAAAAAUUCAUUAACAUUUCUUUGCUUUCCAUUUGAGUCAUAAGAUUUGAUCAACUAAUCAAGAAAAAAGGAGCCUUAUAAAAAUAUCGGUGGGUUGUUUAAUAGCUUAUUGGAUUUUUUACAUAUAUUAUACUUUAUGCUUUUGGGAAUUACAUUGAAAAAUUGGCGAAGGAAAAGAUAAUUCUUAAAAUUUAAAAAAAUAUCUUUGGGAAAAUAAAAAGAUUGAAAACAAACUUUUUUUUUUAAUGUUCAUUUUUGGAGUAUUCCUCUAUCAUCUGAGCUUUUUUUUAUUUUUGUAUAAUUUUAUGUAGCUGUACUAUAAUGUUAAAUUAUUUCUUCCUUAUAUAAAUCCAUAAACAAUAUACAAUUUUCAUUAGCUGUAGUCAAUACACUCCAGUAAUCCAAGCUUGAAAAUACAAAAAUUACAUGAUAAAAAUCCCUUAAAAUCUAAGAAAAGAAAUAGUGAAAUAUUUUUUUUUUAAAUAUGUUUUUAUAAGUACAAAUAAUGAAGUAAGUAUAGUAUUCAGUUUAAAAUAAAAUUGUAUAUAUUUAUCAAGUUUUAAUAUGUUAUUGUACGUAGGUUUUCCAAACACAGUAACACAGUAAUCCUUAAAUGAAUUAGUUCGGUUUAUUGAUAUUGCACUAUAAUUUUGCAUUGUGAAAUUGGAAAUUCCAUGAAUUUUAUGCCUUUAAUAUCUCUGUAAUCUGAUUAUUGAUUUUAUCAAGAAAAUAUAUUGAACCAUUAUUAUACAGAUUUUGAAGUGCUUUAAUUUUGUAUAGAAUAAUAGCCACAAACCUAAUUUGUUGGAGAUAUUCACAAAAUAUGGAAAAUGAAAAUCAGUUCCCCUCCUACAGUCAAAACUCCUGACCAAACUCCCUUCCAGAAAUUUGAGCAGUUUGUGAAUAUUUUCAGCAUUUUUUUACAUUCACUUAUUUUCUUUUUAAGACGCUAUGAAUAAUCCAGAAAUUUACUGAUCUAUAUUGAUAAAAUCUUUAUCUUUUUGCUGGGAAGUUGUAUGCUAUUCUCUGUUUUUGGCAAUAAUAACUUCCAAUUAAACAACAAUUGAAUUUUCUUUCUCUUUUUUUGUAAUGUAUUUCUAGGCCUGUGUAAAUUUUAGGCUAAAUAUGUCAAAGUGUUCUAAGCUUAAUUUUAUAAGAAAAAAAAAUAUACAAAAUGGGUAUAAUCAGUACAGUUCUUAUAAUUAAAUUUACAUGUUUAGAGCAUAGAUCUGAAAAUCAUAAAAAUGUAGAUCAAUAUAACCAUUUGAGUUUUAGUCUCAUUAAAUUUAUGUGUUUUCCAAAUUCCAGUUUAAAAAUGGGCUAUUUCCGAGAAUUUUCAAAUAUGAAACAGUUUUAGAAUCUAAUAAAAUAAAGCUACUCAUGAAGAGUUUUAGAUAAGUAUUAAUACUUUGAUAAAAAGGGAUCUGAAUCGUGGGCUUGUAUGUAUUUUAAAUUAUAUUCAUCAUGAAUAGAUUCAUUAAAAUAAUUAAAAAAAAUUAUUUUUAUUUCCUUUACAUGAACAAUUUUUUAAUAUUAUUGAAAUGGUUGUUUUUAAACAUCACUUAUUAAUGAAAAUAAUUGAAAUUUAUGCCCUGAUUGAAUACUUUUUCCAAACGAGUCAAAAUCAAUUGAGUUGUUUUGAGGAGAAGACAUUCAGCCAUUUUUCUCCGUAACGCAUCAAUAAUAGGACAUUUUUUUUUUCGUUUGGCACUAUAGACCAUGAAGAUCUUUAGCCGCGAGAUGUGGUCUCCUCACAGACGUAUGUUGCUAAGAACCAUGGUCCAUGGUGCAGCAGCAGGCCAACCGUAGCUCCAUAGCCGAUUCCUUUGGGGCCAAUCUGGCAGUAUCCUCUCUCGGGUUUAAGGAUAGUGACAAAUUGGUCUAAAUUCAUGGAUUAUGGCUGCUCGGAGUCAGCAGGCGCACAAGGACCUAUAUUUCUUUCCCCAAAACAGACCGUCCAUGGACCGAAUCUCAGGGGGCUACUAACAUCCUGGUUAACCACAUCCCAAUUCCCGAUUUAAGUACACGGAGUAGGGUCAUCUGUCCUACAUCCGGUCGGUGUGAGUUGCCUCCAGUAGGCUGACGGGCCUCUUAUACCCGGGGGGGAGAGAGACUUGGGCAGCCUGGCUUUCUCUGGUGGACGGUCACACCCAAAUCGGGCGGUCACCCAUCCAAGUACUAACCACACUCGACGCUGCUUAACUUUGAUUACCUAUUGCAAACGCAUUAGCCCGUACGGCUACCCCAGUCCCCAUCAAUAAUAGGACAUAAUAAAACAAUAAGUAAAUAAAUAAAACUUUGCAUACAUCAAAUUAUAUGAAACAUAAUGGUUUAUUUUGGAUUAUAAUAGUCUUUAGACUUGUCUAUUGCUUGUCAGAAAAUUCUUUAAAUUUAAUAAAUACCAUCUCCUCCAAAAACAAUUUUGUGAAUAAACAUUAUAUUGGUAUGGUACCGUAGUCCAAGAGACUCCACUAAAAAAUAAAUGAAUAAAAGUGUAACUGGCCAUAAAGAUAAAAAUGUCCAAUGAUUCAUAUUGUUUCUACUGAUAUCUUUUCUGACCAAGGAAUUUACUGAUGUUUGCUAUCAGAAAAAAUAAUUAAUAAAGGAUUAGUAUAAACAUAAUGUAAGGUGUAUUCAUAUCUGUGAUAAAUUACUUCCUUUGGAGAUUUAAAAAAUCUUUGGAAACUAUAAUUUUGUCAUAGUGAUCAGUAAUUUUUUUUUCUGCAGCACCCUUUUGUAUUUUGUAGUCACCCUAUUUAAUUAGUAUUAUGAUGUCUAAAAGAUAUUUCAUAUCUCUCUAGGCACUCUGUAUGAAAUGAUUUAAUGCGAUAUAUUACAGCUAUGAAUAACUUAAGGUAGACAAUAGUUUGAACGGCUAUUCAAAAAGAUUAUUAGGUUAACAAUGAGGAUUUUUUAGAACUGUUUUUUUAACUUGUAAUUUUUUAUUCACAUUUACUAAAUUGUAAUUAAAAAGAUAAACAUUUUUCAUAAUGAUAAUAAAUUAUUUGUCCACAAAUAUGCUAUGUAACAAUGGGUUGUAUUGCAUUUAAAUGCUUGGAUUAACAAAGAUAUUUUUUAAAUAACGAGUAGAAUAAAAUAAGCAUUUGUGUAAAAACAUCUUUUCCAAUGACAGCCUAAGUUCAAGAGUUUGCCUGAUCUAGAUAAUAAUUUGUACAAAUAUUAGUAAUUUUUACUAAUGGUUUAAAAACUCGAAUAAAAUUACUGCCACACUUCUAAACUGUGAAAUUAUUUUGUUUUAUUAAUGGUAAGUGAUUGUACAAUGAAAUGAAUGUUUUGUUUUAAAUACUUAUGAUUAUUGUACUAUCUAAGUUAAUAGGCAAUUGUAUCAAUUAUAUUUCGGCAUGUUGCUUCCAAAGUUUUUCUAACUUCCUCGAUAUAGAGAGCAGUAUUGCUGGAUGCCAAAAUUUAAACCAUAUGCAUGUGCUUUAUUCUGUAUUCUUUAUUAAUUGUUCGAUAGAAGAGAGGUUACGUUUUUUAAGAUUUCCUCUAUUGUUAUUGUCUUUUUGAGCAUUAUAUUAUGUAAAUUUUUAAAAAAUUUCUACAAUAUUGAUAUAUCUUUUAAGUAAAAAAAUAAGCAGACAUUAUAGUUAUAUAGUUUAUUGAUAUAAGCUGGUGAUUUUUUUUCGGCCUUUCGCAGUUUAUAAAAAGAAAAUUAUUUUUCAAAAUAGAUUUUAGAAAUUCUUUAUAUUGGUACAUAUCUAUAUCUAUUCUCGCCGAGUAUAAUAACACUCGUGACCAAAUUAGCGUUAUGGAUAAUUUAGUUUCUAAUAGUUUGUAUAAUGAUAUACUUGUUUAUAGUAUUUCAGAAUGCCUACAUCGGUCUAUUAUAUUAAUUAUAAUUACAAUUCAAAAAAUAUUAUUGUUAAUAGAUAUUGUUAAGUAUACUUUUUUUUUUAAUUUAACCUCAUUUGCAUCUUUUGACCCUUUGUACCUGAGAAAACUCCAAACUUUUAUUAUUCAAAAGACACUAUUCUUUAUGCAAGAAGAUUGUGAAUUUCCUCAAUUAUUGAUUUGUAUUUUAUUAUUUUUGUUGUGUUAUUUUUAAUUUGUUUUAUGUUUCUUAAAUACAAUGAUACCUCAGGAAUUUGAAUUUA